CUACGCUCUGUGUUGUUUCUUACAUGGCUGGAUGUUGCUGUACAGUAGUAUGUGUAGUAGUUACAAUACAAUGAGUGUACAAAACAUUAGGAACUCCUUCCUAAUAUUGAGUUGCAACCUCUUUUGCCCUCAGAACAGCUACAAUUUGUUGGGGGUAAUGACUUUACAAGGUGUUUAAAGCAUUGCACAGGGAUGCUGGCCCAUGUGGACUCCAAUGCUUCCCACAGUUGUGUCAUGUUGGUUGGAUGUCCUUUGAGUGGUGGACAAUUCUUGAUACACACGGGAAACUGUUGAGUGUGAAAAACCCAGCAGCGUUGCAGUUCUUGACACACUCGAACCGGUGCGCCUGACACCUACUACCAUACCCUAUUCAAAGGCGUUUAAAUCUUUUGUCUUUCCCAUUCACCCUCUGAAUGGCACACAUACACAAUCCAUGUCUCAAUUGUCUCAAGGCUUAAAAGUCCUUCUUUAACCUGUCUCCUCCCCUUCAUCUACACUGAUUGAAGUGACAUCAAUAAGGGAUCAUAUCUUUCACCUGGAUUCACCUGGUCAGUCUAGGUCAUGGAAAGACCAGGUGUUCCUAAUGUUUUGUACACUCUGUAUAUUUACCUUCUCAUCCAGCCUAUGUUGUAGUCCAUAUAUGUCCUAUUUGUUAUAUGCUUUCAGUCAGUCAAGUGAUUUAUUUUGUGGUGAUAUGACUGUGUGUAGUGUUAAAUGGAAUGUAUUUGCAUUGUUAUUCUGCCGUCAUCAUUAUCUAUGCUCCUUAAUGUUAUUUGUGUGUUCAAAUUAUUGCGUUGUCAUUGAUGAUUACAUUGCUUUGAUCAAUCUGUCCAAGUGUUUGCUUGAUGUGUUAAAGUUAUUUUCAUUGUGUAAUUUGUGUGAAUACUAUUUCCUUUGGUCGGAAAUGCGCAAUUUUCACUCAGAUUACAACAACCACAAUGUUUUGCAUGAUUGUGAAAUCAUUUUGUUCCAAGUCAGUUGUCCGCGUUAUUAAUGCAGUGUAUAUGGCAUGCAUUAAUAUCUCUGUUGUCGUCGGUCAUCCCAAACUAUAGUUGUGCUGGAUGACCUGACUGACUGUGGUGUUCCGCAGUUGUAGACAGAUGGAUGGAAUGGUUUCCGUUGUGAAAAGCUGAUUGUUUCAAGGCCGGCAAGGCACAUGGUGAAUUCCUUAAAACGUGUGGGCAUUCUUGUGACUGUAAUAUACAUAGUUGUGUUCAGUUCUCAUCAUUCUCUGCCCUAUCCUUAAUAGUGUCUUUGUGGGAUUUUAAUUUCCCCUCAAAUGUGAAAGUGGGGUUUUAGGAUUUAAAAACGUCCAGUGGAUGGACAUGGCUGCUCAAAGUCUGUCCAAUAGGUCUGCUGGCUAACACGUGCUUGAGGUACAAUGGGGAGAGGAUGCAUUCUUUGCAUACAGAAAUUGGUACGCAAGCUGUGGCUGGGAUUUACAUUUUAAUGUAAAGGAAUGAUGUAGGAAACAAAGUGGGCUGAUUUGUUUGGGCCUGGUCCUGAUCAUGAUCCAGUGAUUUGAAUAAGUAAAUAGUUGCUUCUUUUACGUUGACCCUUUAAGGUAAACAUUGAUUUUAAACAACACUUAGAUUAUUAGUCUGUAAUAACUGUAAUGCUGUUAGCCUUUGAUUAUACUUUAUUUGGCCAUUGAUCAUUAGGUCUACUGAGCUUUAUGUGUAUUGUAUGUCAUGCAAUAUGGCAAGUAUGACAAUUCAAGCUACUUCAACGAUUAACGUUUGAUGUGUGCCCGAACUACUCAAAGGGGAUCCACCAAGCUUUUUAUUGUUACAGUGACGUUACACGAGAAGUGCAUUUGAUCUCCCCACAGUACCUCAAUAAAAAAAAAAUGUUUUAUGUACUAGUAUUGUAUCUUUAAAUUGCUCUAGUGAAGUAUGCAAAUAGGAAGUUCCCUCUGUCUUUGAGCAAAUAAGGAGCUGGCUUUGCUCCCGUCCUGCAUUACCAUUGGCUCUUGCGGGUGUCAAACAAACCCCCGAGACCCUUCUAAAAUGUUUCUAUUUUAGUUAGCUAGAUUCCCCGCCCGUCCGGUGUCUGGUUCCACAUCGACUUGUGGAGAUUGGAAUUACUUCAAGAAUCUGGAAUGUGACUGUCGAGCUCAACCUCACCCCGAAAGAAAGAAAUGUUCUCUAGAAGGGUGAAGGAAGAAACGCCGCUGACCCCUAAGUACACUUAUGUAGUGUCACUGACUGAGUACCACCGCCGGAUCGAUGCGCUAAACAGUGAAGAUCUGAAAUCUCUCUGCAAGCGGCUUCAGAUCACCACCAAGGAGGAGGUGAACUCUAAGCAUGCCACCUCUAUCAAGACAGAGCUGGAGCCUGAGACCUUCAGACCCAACCUCAGUGAACCUAGCGAGCUGCUGGAGGCACAGCAGAUAGAGAAGCUGGCCAAGAACCUCCCUCCCCGUACCAUUGGGUACCCAUGGACCUUGGCCUAUGGCACCACCAAGCAUGGCAUGAGCAUCAAGAGCCUUUACCGGGCCAUGCAGGGGCAGGACACCCCCAUGCUGUUGAUCAUCAGGGACAGUGAUGGUGGGGUGUUUGGUGCGUUGGCGUCCGAACCCUUCAAAAUCAGCGAGGGAUUCUACGGCACGGGAGAGACCUUCCUCUUCACCUUCUGUCCAGAGUUUGAGGUGUACAAAUGGACAGGUGACAACAUGUUCUUCAUGAAAGGAGAUAUGGACUCCUUAGCUUUUGGUGGUGGAAGUGGUGAGUUUGGCCUGUGGUUGGAUGGAGACCUGUACCACGGCAGGAGUCACUCCUGUAAAACCUUUGGCAACCCCAUGCUCUCCAAGAAAGAGGAUUUCUAUAUACAGGACAUUGAGAUCUGGGCUUUUGAAUAACAAAACCCACCACGGGGAAAAGAGAAGGACUAAACAUCCCUACAAUGUUGUCUGAAACCUAACUGCACAUCACCACCCUGCUCCAACCCACUGUCUGGGGCUCCCAGGACGGAGCCAGCUGAAGGAUGCGUGUUGUGCGUUCAUACGUUACUACUGCAGUUAUAACAGAGCUUUUCUUUGUGAAUGACCUUGUGUGUAUCUUGUUACAGCUGUGUGCAGCGUCUUUGAGGAGGUGUACUGUCCUGUACUAUACUGUGAGGCAUCAGGGGAUGUGUGGGUUUGUUAGACACCGUAGGGACGCCUUGUUGCAGAACCAAGGAGGAGCAAUCAGAUUGCUUUCUCUGGCCUCAGCAGGAGAUGAUGUCGGCUCAGGUUUGUGAUUGAUUGAGAGAGCGAGAGAGAAACUGCCGUAGUCCAGAUUAUCUGAAUUUUGAGACACUCCAGGAACCCCGCCCCUCAGAACUUGGUUGAAGUCAGUCAGUAGGAUGAUACUAUAUGUGGUGUUCCAGGCCUUUAGUGGAGAGAUCCAGUAAUAAAAUAAACAACAUGCAUUCCUUUGUUCUCAGAGGAGACUGUUGAACCUAACAUAGUUCUGGUUGGUGUUCAAAAACUGAAGGAAGACUCUCAGCAGGAUGAUGAGGACACAAUUAUGAGGGUAGGAAAGUAUUUACAUCUUUGGUUUACUUCUGAGGCAAGAACUACGUAUAGAGUGUUGUGUAUUGUAGUCCUAUUGUUCACCAUCAUAGCAAACACCAUCACAGCACAUAGCUAGAAUCAGAAUAUUACCCAUCGUUGUACUAAUAAUGUUCUGUUCAGUGGGUGUACUACGUGUGAGUUCAGCUACCACCGGCGCCCCUCAGGAGUCGUGUGUACUGUUCGUAGACAGUAAUGUGUUGCAAUAGAUUUGUGGAAUAUGCAAAUUACUGUCAUGUGACCUCAAAUAAUCCAGGUUGGCGCUUUUCAUCGCCUGUCCGUGACUCUUUAUCAGAGAGGACUUGUAAAGCUUUCAUGUCUUAAUCCACAAUUGCUUUUCUGGGUAUAAUUUGAAAAGCCUGAGACGUGGUUUUACAUGCAUAUGACAAUUGUAUAUUAUUUAUAUAUAUAUAUAUACACAUAUAUAUAUAAUUAAUUAUGUUGCCGUUGUGUGACAGUGAUCUUUUUGUGCUGAUAUUUCAGCUGUUACAAAUAUGUAUAUUACCCUGUAAAUUCAUGUUAAAAUAGUGGAUUUGUUCCUAUAUAGAAAUACAGAUAUGAUUGGUGGGUUGCUUCUAGCACUUGAAUGCGGUCUAGAAGCGUUAUAAACCAGGUUCUUAGACUUCUAGUACCAGUAGCUGUACAGUACUUUUUGUUUAGAAUCAUAAACAUGUUAACUGUUAGUAGAAAGCUUGCUGCUAUAAUAUUAAGGGUAAAGCUAAACUAAUGCUAUGUGUAACUAAAGGGGAGUGUUGUCCGGGAGUGAGGAGGCUGAAUGUUAAAGAAGAAUUUAACUUUCAUCACAAGUUCUGUUGAGUGGUGAGUCUUCAUUGGUUGGUAGACUGACUGUUAAGACUGUGAACUAAGAGAAAAUAUGUACAUUUAAACUUCACAGCAGCUUUCCUUCCCCUUUCUGGUCUUCCACACCAGUAUCUAUGGAGUCACAAAGAAUAACAUGGAUAAGUCCUCCUAAUUAUUUUACAGGAAUACAAUGUAUUAUUGAUGUAUAAAUAACAAUAAAAUUGUUGUAACCUGGGA